AUGCAUAUAACAAGAAACGGGGCCGAGGAUAUAUUUGGCCAAGGAAGGAAGGGCCGGAUAGAGGAAUAUAGCUGCCAUGAAAAUGAUCAGGAUUCCUUCUAUGAGGUUAUAGCGGAAGAUAUAGGUGUUCAAAAUAUAAGCGGAGGCAUAAGCGCCCAGCAGCCAAGAAGACUGAAAAGGCGGAUAGACCGCAUAAUCACGCAAAUGGGCGGGAGAACCCCAAAAUAUGGGUUUAAUAAACUUAUAUGUAAGGGAGAUAAAGAGAUAAGUACAGAAAUUGAGGAGGAGAUUCCAGCACAUGGACAUCAGGCAAGAAAGCGCAAGAGUGUGAGGGUAAACAAGGGAGAGGAGAUCAAAGCGGAGGUGGAAAUAAACACAAAGACAAACAAUGGAGUGUACUUUGCGAUAGAAGGUAUGGAAAACUUGAUGAAGAGAGCUAAAAGGGAACGGGGUCAGCAAAGAUGGAGGAUAUAG